CCCCCAUCCGCCCCCGAGCCGCCCCCAACCCCCGUCCCGUCAAACGCAAAGAAGACAAGCGCAGCAAGUAGGGUUAGGAGAGCGGGCGGCGGCGGCGGCGGCGGCGGAAAGCGAGAGCUCCAGCGGGCCGUCGGGAGGGAACCACCCUCGUCGUCGGAGAUGACGGGCAAGGCGAAGCCGAAGAAGCACACGGCCAAGGAGAUCGCGGCUAAGAUCGACGCGGCGACGACCAACCGCGGCGGGGGCAAGGCCGGGCAGAAGGACCGGCUCGGGCAGGAGAAGGGCGGCCACGCCAAGAUGGAGUGCCCGCUCUGCAAGGUGACGGCCCCCGACGUCAAGUCGAUGCAGAUCCACCACGAGGCGCGCCACCCCAAGCUCCCCUUCGACCCCGAGAAGAUCAACAACCUGCACGGCUCCACCGCCGCGGCUCCCGCGGCGGCGGCCGCCGUCGCCUCCACCUCCAAGCCCAAGCCCGGCGUCCGCGGCAGCCUCAAGAAGACGGGCGAUGAACAGAAAUGAGGCCUCCACAGCUUCAAGCGCCUCUUCUAAGUCUCUGUUUGCCGUCGCAAUGGAUUGUUAUGACUACUGUCUCGUUUGAUCGGUCGAUCGUUUUAAGAUAUUUGGUUGUCUUGUAAUCGGAUAUAUUAUGCGCUCCAGAACAUCUGAGAUGAACUAAACUGAGCCUAAAUAACUGGUUGCUGUCAAUUUGCUUGGUACCGUCUUAGAGUGUGGCAACUGAUGUUGGGGGAUAAUCACCUCAACUGAACGCUGCCCUUUAUAACAAUGAAUAGUCUGGUUUUGUCGAUGCACUUUUGUUAUUGCAUUGCCCCACUGAAGAGGCAUUGCAAUGAUGUGAUAUUAUGAUAUGCUUGAAGCACGCCUA